CUGACAGCGGAUGCAGAAAUCCCGGUGGAACAAGGUGUAAAUCGGUUGUGUAAUUUUUGGCGCCAUCAUUGUCUCUCCUCAGUCAGACUCGGCGUUUUAUAUUUUCGUUGUAUGUAUGCAGAUUCACAUCGAAUACUGAUGGUCUGUGGAGACGAUCGUCGUCAUAUUUCCAUGCUGUAUUUAUGGCAGACAACACUUGGAUGUGGAAAAGGUUGACCUUGUUAGGCAGACAACAGGCCAGUUGCAAUGAAUCAGAUUCCCCUUCAGAAUGGGGAAAUCCCCAACAUACCUAUGAAUACGCUGGCAGGCAUUUCCAGCCUCACUGAACUGUUGCCGGAGCUACCUCUGCCAACUCCUCAUCCAUCCACUGUGAACAACAAAAGCCUGUUGUACAGCCAACGAGUGAUAGAAGAAGCCCGUAGACUGGUUGCCAACCCAGAUGAAAAUCUUGUUCCUCACCUUGUCCAAGCUUUAGGACAGACCUCCACGGACCACAUAGAGCUGAAAGACAACUCCAGCAAUGCUGAAGUAGAGGGUGAUCUGCCACCACUCCUGCAGGCUGUCUUGGCAUGCAACCCAAAUGUGUUCAACCAGAGGACGAGGAGUGUAGAGCCCCACUCUUCAAAUCAUGGAGGAAUUUCUCCUCGAACACCAAUGGCUCCAUCUCCGUAUUAUCAGCAGUCACCUGAUGGUGUGGUGCAACAUUCACCCUAUCAGCGGUCCCACACGCCCAUGGCACAGCAGCAGCAAGGCAGCCCGUCUCCCUACAGCCAAAAUAGUCCAUAUCCGCAGGGCAGCCCUGCCAAAUAUGGCCCUCAGCCCAGUCCAUACCCACAGGGAAGUCCCUCUUCAAGGUACCAGCCACAGGAAAGUUCUGGAAAAUAUGCUGCCCAAGGGAGUCCAGCCAGACAUGUGUCACAGGGUAGCCCAGGGAAGUUCCACCCGCCCACAUUCCCCCUGGGUCACCAACAGCAGAACAUUCCACAAGGUGUACCAUCCAAUACCUGCAAUGGAUACUCUGCCAAUCAGUUCUCCCCUGCACCCUCACCUGCUGUGGGUAGCCCACCAAGUGCCAACGUCAUGUCACCGCCUCAGACUACCAGCAGAGUUUUGGGUCAACACCAGCCUAAAGCCAUUCCAGCUCUGUCACCCACUAGCCACGGUGGGGGAAUACAUGCUAAACCAGCUUCUGUGGCCAGACCGUCUGCAGCAGCCACUGCAGAACAAUUGCAGCGACAGCAACAGCAGCCGGAGUCACAGCAACAGCAGCAGCUUGUGGAGCUGGAACAGGAGAACCAGGAACCUACAACAGUGCUCAGCACAGCUCAAGCUGCCAACUACAUUGUGCAGGGAGGUGAUGACAGGCCUCAGGACCCUGCAGGACAGCCAGAGGAGAAGCAUAGGCUGGAGAAAAUCAAGCUGAGGAUGGUGCCUGGUGGUGCAGAACCUGUUGUUGUUCUAGAACCACUCUCUCCUAAAGACAAAAUGCUUCUCAGUAAGAGCAGGCCUAUGUCAUCUAAAUCGGUUGAUGCACAAAGUGCUGCACAAGCCUUUGCUUUUGAUGACAGCACUUCACCAGAUGAGCAUUCAUCAAAAGAGACAAGAAUCUCUCUCAAGAGGAAGAAAAAGUCCAAGUCUCACCGGGAAGACAGAGGUCGUUUUGUACCAGAGGUGCGCUACAAUAUCAUCAGUUCACCUACUAAGGACUCUCCAAAACUUACUUUGAAGCUCUCCAGGACAGUCAUCUCGCCUAAGACUGGGCAGCAGCUGAGGCCCAGUGAACUGGCAACACAUGACAAGGAGAAAGAUCUGCAUACCACAGAGUCAGACAAGUCUGGGAAGGGAAAUGUAGAAAAGGCAGUACCAGAGACUUUAGUGGAAAAAGCCCUUGAAGAUAAAAUCAAUGAAGACAAAGCAUCAGAUAGUACCGGUGUUGAAAAGGCAGCUACAGGGGCUGCUGAGAAGUUGAAGGAAGCUAUCAUAAUUGAAGAAAGUAAAAGCAAAGAAGGUACCAGUCAAAAGUCAAACAAGAAAGAGAUGGACAGUCUUCAAGACUUCAUUGUGAGCACAGAACCAGCAAAGGUUAAAGGGAGGAAGUUAGACCCCGUGGAACAGAAGAAAUUACAAGAGAAUGACUACUCUACAGCGGAAGUAGAAGUAGUAGGAAUUUCUGAUAGUCCAGCCAGCCCCAAAGUCCCCAUGAAAACCGCAGCAUCAAAAACCAGAUGUCAGGGAGAAAAGAUUGAAGCAUCUGCAUCUGAGGAUGGCACAGUGGGUACACCAAAGCCUCACAUGACAAGAAGGUCAUUGACCACUAGUAGAAGAGACCCAGUUGCUGUAGUAAUGCUUGAGAGGCUUGGUCCUGGAAAUGAUAUGUACAGCAACAUCAAGAGCAAACGAAGGCGUGGGAUGCAGCAAGAGGAGAAGUCAGAGGAAAUGCUGCAUAUUGUUGAAGCUCUUGUACCUAACCAAGAGGAAUGUGCUGUCAGAAGCAGGGAGAAGUCCAAUAGUUCUUCGACUGCACAUGACCAGGAUCACCAAUUGGACAUGGAUUCUGGGGCAAAAUCAAAGGCUAAGAAACGGAAACACUCUGAUGGUCAAGAAGGAGUGGACAUAAUGGACCUUGAGAACUUCCGUGAUCCCUUUGAAGACAUGUACAGCAGCAUUAAGAACAAACGACGGAGAAAGGCAUCUGCCAAUGCACUGAAGGCCAUGGAGAUUGGGAAUAAGGAUGAGGAUAGCAGUGGGGAAGUUGUUGUUAGCAGAGACAGAGAGGAGAGAACAGCUGCUGUCAUGGAAGAAGUUGCCCGUCAAAGAAAGGAGAAGAGAAAGAGAAGAGAAAAACGGGAGCAGGCCAAACCUCAGCUGACAAUGGAGGAGUUGAUGGAAUCAUCCACAUUUAAGAGGUUCACAUCUUUAAUGGAUUCAGUCUUUGAAUCCUCUGAGGAUAUGGACCUUGACGUAGAUGCUGAUGACGACGAUGAUGAAAUUCCAGCUGACAGUCUGAUUGCCAAGGCUGUCCUAACUGAGCUAUGUGGAGAAGCUGCCAAGCUAAAGUCGAUGGGGGUCAUGAACCAAGUGGCAGCAGAUCGCCUGGUGAGGCUGAUGAACAUCCUGGAGAGAAACAUCCGCGAUGGAGCUAAAUUACAGCCACUACUUGCACAGGAGGAAGGUGGCGAAGAGGAGCAGCGCCUGUGGAGAGAACUAACCUUUGAACGUGUCAUAAGGUCUGCUGACUCGUGCCUCACUGCUCUGUUCAUCACCACAUCAGCAAAAAUGCCAAAGCAGGUAUUUAUCGAAGAUACUAUAGAGCGGCUUGUCAUGUAUGCGAAGUUCCACCUGCAGAAUACCAUCUACCCUGAGUUUGAUCCUGUCUACAGGACACCAGACAACAAAGACGGAAUAGUUUGGAACAGUCGGAUGAAGCGUGCUCACCACAAGGGUGCCCGCCAUAAAUCAGUUGUGUCACUGUACAACAAGUUGUGUGAAAUUGUAUCAUUGCUGGCUGAGCUGUUAGAGGUGGAGAUGAUGACGGAUACCGUUAUUUUGCAGGUUUCCAGUUUAGCAACAACUCCAUUCUUUGUUGAGAAUGUCAGCGAGUUACAGCUUAGUGCACUGAAACUGGUCAUGGCUGUGUUUUCCCGCUAUGACAAGCACCGCCAGCUCAUACUGGAAGACAUAUUUGCCUCCCUUGCAAAAUUGCCAUCAAGCAAAAGGAACCUUCGCAGUUACAGAUUAAACUCAGAAGACAACAUCCAGAUGGUGACAGCCUUAGUGCUGUCUUUGAUCCAGUGUGUGGUGACAUUGCCAGAGCCAGAGCACGUAGACUCAACGCAGACCAACAAGGAUCCAGAGAAGACAAAAGAGGACAAGAAAUCAAAAGAGUCCAAAAUGGAUGAUGAUGUCUUGAUUGCAUCAUCAUAUGAGACUGCAAUGAGAACUGCACAAAAUUUUCUCUCUAUUUUUCUCAAAAAGUGCACCAGUAAAGAGGAGGAAGACUACCGGCCUCUGUUCGAAAACUUUGUUCAAGACCUUCUAGCCACAGUCAACAAGCCGGAGUGGCCAGCUGCAGAACUGUUGCUCAGCCUUUUGGGAAGGCUACUAGUUCAUCACUUCAGCAACCGUUCUACAGAAAUGUCUUUGCGUGUGUCAUCUUUGGACUACCUGGGAAUGGUAGCUGCACGUUUGAGGAAGGAUGCUGUAUCCAGUGAGCUGGACCAAGACACUUUAGAUGCCGUCAUGGAUGAGAUAAACUCUGUAUCUGAAAGUGAGUCGGUACCAGUUGAAAAAGAUGAGCCAACAAGUCCUGCUUUUCCAGAUGGUGACCAAACACAAACAUUCCAGAGAGCCAUGUUAGACUACUUGGCAGAGAAUUCAGACACAGAUCCAGCUCUUCAUUUUGCACGCCAGUUCUACAUUGCACAAUGGUACAGGGACUCCACUGCCCAGAUUGAGAGAUCAAUUAAAGGGCUCAAGUCCAAAGGGGCAGAAGAUGACUCUGAUAAUGAGGUGGAGGAAGAGGACGAAGAUGAAGAUGAUGGUGGUGUCAAAAAGCAAAAUAUGGUUGAGCCAGUGUCAUCAGUUGAUGUAAUGCAGGCUGCAGAUUCGAGGAAAAAGUUUCUCUUGACAAUGGUUCAGGCCAGCUGUGGACCACUUGGAACUCUACGGACAAGGCAUAGCAACUUGAGCUACGAGAAUGCAUGUGUGAUUGCUCGUUACCUGGCAUCACAGAGACCUUUCUCGCAAAGCUUUGACAUCUACUUGCAGCAGAUUCUGCGAGUGCUAAGUGAGAAUGCAAUUGCAGUUCGGACUCGUGCUAUGAAGUGCUUGACUGCAGUUGUAGCAGUGGAUCCUGGUAUACUAGCUCGGGCUGACAUGCAGAAAGGUGUGCAUGGGAGAUUCAUGGACCAGUCUACUUCUGUGCGGGAGGCAGCUUUGGAGCUUGUUGGCAAGUUUGUAUUGCUGAGGACAGAACUUAUUCCCCAAUACUAUGAUAUGAUCAUCGAGAGAAUACUGGAUACAGGUAUCAGUGUUCGCAAAAGAGUCAUCAAGAUCCUGAGGGAUAUCUGUCUGGAAGUUCCUGAUUUCACCAAGGUCACAGAGAUGUGUGUGAAGAUGAUACGCAGAGUGAAUGAUGAAGAGGGUAUCAAGAAACUGGUGAAUGAUGUCUUUCAGCAAAUGUGGUUCUCACCUGUGAAGUCAUCUGAUGAGGAGAGCCUUUUUCGGAAGGUUAUCAACAUUACUGAUGUGGUUGAUGCCUGUAAAGAAACGGGAUAUGACUGGUUUGAACAGUUGCUGUCUAAUCUGUUAAAAGCAGAAGAGAAUGCCUCCUACAAGCCUGCCAGCAAAGCCUGUGUUCAGAUCACUGACUGUUUGGUGCAGAAUGUGCUUAGUUUGGAGGAAAAGACUGCAGAGACAGUAGAGAACAGGACAAGCAGCCAUCGUCUUGUAUCAUCCCUGCAGACUCUGUACCUGUUCAGUAAAGUUCGGCCUGAGUUGCUUGUUGAUCAUGCCAUGACUCUUCAGCCAUACCUGUCCACGCAGUGUAGUACUCAGGGAGACUACCUAGUGCUCCAUAAUGUAGCCAGAAUUCUGCAGCUUGUGGUUCCACUGAUGGAGCACCCCAGUGAAGUCUUCUUGGCCUCCCUGGAAGAGGAUCUUAUGAAGCUUAUCAUAAAACAUGGCAUGAUGAUUCUCCAGGCAUGUGUAAGUUGCCUUGCAGCUGUUGUCAACAAUGUAACCCAUAACAUCAGGCUGGUCUGGGACUGCUUCCAGAAGUAUUUUGGGGUAUUGGGUAAGUUGAAGCAGGAGUACAGUAUGGACCCUGAGAGCCAGGCAUUGCAGCAGAACCGCCCUACACUGCUGAGAUCACUCUUCACUGUUGGACUGCUCUGUAAACAUUUUGACUUUGAUCGCAAGAUGAAGGGACACACAAAGGUCUGUAUCAAGGACAAAGUGUUUGAGGUGCUGAUGUACUUCAUGGACCAUCCUGAUGAGGCAGUGCAGCACAAGGCUCUGACAGGAAUAGGCUUCCUUUCCAUUCAGCAUCCAGACCUGAUGAUGGGUAGUCAGAUGACCAAGAUGUAUCAUAAGCUUCUUAUGGAAAACUCAUCCGUUAAACUCAAGUGUCAGGUUCUCAGGAAUCUACAGAACUACUUAACAGAAGAGGAUGCAAAGCUUAGAGUGGCAGAUGCUGAAUGGAGCAAGAAUGCUAAAAAAGAGGAUCUGAAAGAAAUGGGAGACGUCUCUUCAGGCAUGGGUAGCAGCAUCAUGCAGAUCUACCUGAAGCAUGUCAUGGAGACAUUUUUCCAUUCAGAGACUUCAGUGCGCAUGGCUGCCCUCCAUGUCAUUGUUCUUGUGCUGAAACAAGGCUUAGUACAUCCUGUCCAGUGUGUUCCUUAUCUGGUUGCGAUGGGAACAGAUCAGGAAAUGAUGGUGAGGAACAAAGCUGACCAACAGCUCAGUGAGAUUGACCACAAGUACUCUGGCUUCAUUCAUAUGAAGGCACUGGCAGGAAUAAAGAUGUCCUUCAAAUUGCAGCAGAUAGCACAGCAGAAUGGAGAUUGUAUAGUACGAGGAAUGCGAGAAGAUGAGAACCGAUCUCCAACAGCCCUUUGCUCACAUCUGUACUCCCUGGUCCGAUGCAACCGACAACACCGGAGGGCCCUCCUUUUAUCCCUACUCAAGCUCUUUGAUGAUGAGACAUGCCAGCUGGACAUACUGCUGUAUGUGGCAGACAACCUAGCCUGCUUCCCUUAUGCCACUCAAGAUGAGCCUUUGUUUAUCAUACACCAUGUUGACAUCAUUUUGUCAGUCACAGGAGCUAAUGUUCUUCAAUCUUUUCGUGAGGCUCUACAUCCCACUAAAAAGGCAACAAAUCAAAGUGAAGGUGCUGAUGAUGAGCCAGGGUCUCCUAUCCUGCCAAUGGUGGAUGAUGAUGACUUGGAGGAAGACCAGCUACUAGCCCAGUUUCCAUCAGACCCUAAAGCCUUGCUGGACUGCUGCAUCCAAGCUCAUGGAUGCAUUCUCCUUUUGAUGCUUAAGCAGUACCUGAAAGACUUGUAUGGCUUUACAGACAGCAAGUGUCACCGAUAUUCUCCCACGGAGGCGGCCAAGGUCUAUGACAAGUCCUUGAACCGUAGGUCACUUGCCAAGUUCAGCCCUCAAUCAGUUCUGGACUACAUGUGUGCAGAUACACCUGACUUUGCUGAGGAUGAGGGAGCCAGACGGCACCUGAUUGAACACUACUUGGAUUUUAAACAACUGAUGUUGCGCCUAGACCCAGCAGAGGAUGACGAUGAGAUGCCAGAGAGAGAGUCAACCACAUUGUCCCGAACCAAGAUAACACCUACAAAAGAAGGCAACUCAAUCAAUGACAAAGGAACUGAGGCAGAGGAUAACCAGGGUCAGGAGACAGAGGUGGAGGGGAAGGAGGGUUCAGGCACUAAAGCUGAGGGACAGCAGGUGAGUGAAAAGUCUUCAGCAGUCCUGAAAUCAAGACGAGGAAGACCACCCAAAGAAAAGACAACCCCCAAACCUGCAAAGAGGCGGCAGAGAAGAAAGAGGAGAAGAGUGGUGACUAUGGACAGUGAUGAUGAUGAUGAAGAGGGUGAUUCCAGUGAUCCUGACUUUAUGCUUUGAUGGACUUCACUACACAUCAGCUGAUCUCAUAGCUAGUACACGUACAUCAUACGGUACAUGUACCUUAAGUACCCUCUGAGAAACACGUUUCAUUGUUCAGGACUCAGCAGAGAUGAGGUUGCAUCCUCAUCCAUGUUGUCCAUUUGUAAAUUGUUUGAUUUUAUUUCUUUGUACUAAACUACUCAGAUUAAGGUUGGGCAAAACCAUGUUAAUUAUGAACAAGCUAUUUCCAUGAAGUUUGUCAGUGGUGUUUGUUUCAGGUGUGUUUUAUGGACGUUAUGCAUUUUGGAAAUAACAGAAUAUGAACUUCUAGGCCGUUGUAUUAUUUGUUUAGAACAGUUUCUUUUUUGCACAUCACAAUGUAUAUACCCAGCACCUUCCCUGGUCUUUCUAUCACCAUAAAGUAGCAAAGUAUAAUGCAAGUUAACUUCCUCCUGGUUAUGAAAUGAAAUACAGUCUUAGUCUUAGAUCUUUGUCACUUUGAUAGUUAUGUACAGUUAGGAAUAGUAGUUUUUAAUGUGUUUCAUGUCUGGCAGUUGCCACGAUAUAUUAAAGUGUAAGAUGUUUAUGGCACUCUUUCCAGGUGUAGUCAUGACACUGCACCUGGCCACCUGUGUAAGUAAUAACUUGUUACUUGGGCAGAUUAAAGUGGUCAUCAGUCUUAAAA